UAUAUGGUAAAGAGCGCGGGGAUUGGACGAGGGUGGUGCGGCGGUAGGGGAACUAUAGUAUAACUUAGCGGCGAGUUGCUGUCGAGCCGACAUUCACGGUGCUACGAGUGUGCAUAUCACACGCACCUUUUUUCUACCCACGCCAUUACCAAAAUCUAAAACCACACAAUCACAAUGUGCGACGACGAGGUUGCUGCACUCGUAGUUGACAAUGGAUCCGGUAUGUGCAAGGCCGGUUUCGCCGGUGACGACGCUCCUCGCGCCGUGUUCCCAUCGAUCGUGGGCAGGCCCCGCCACCAGGGUGUGAUGGUCGGCAUGGGCCAGAAGGACUCGUACGUCGGCGACGAGGCCCAGAGCAAGAGGGGUAUUCUAACCCUGAAGUACCCGAUCGAGCACGGUAUCGUUACCAAUUGGGACGACAUGGAGAAGAUCUGGCACCACACCUUCUACAAUGAGCUACGCGUGGCCCCCGAGGAACACCCCGUGUUGCUGACCGAGGCCCCGCUGAACCCCAAGGCCAACCGUGAGAAGAUGACGCAGAUCAUGUUUGAGACUUUCAACACGCCCGCCAUGUACGUGGCCAUCCAGGCGGUGCUGUCGCUGUACGCCUCCGGUCGUACCACCGGUAUCGUGCUCGACUCCGGCGACGGUGUGUCCCACACCGUGCCAAUCUACGAGGGUUACGCUCUGCCCCAUGCGAUCCUUCGUCUCGAUUUGGCCGGUCGCGACUUGACCGACUACCUCAUGAAGAUCCUCACCGAGCGAGGCUACUCCUUCACCACGACGGCCGAGCGCGAAAUCGUCCGUGACAUCAAGGAGAAGCUGUGCUACGUUGCGCUGGACUUCGAGCAGGAAAUGGCUACCGCCGCCUCUUCGUCUAGCCUGGAGAAGAGCUACGAGCUACCCGACGGUCAAGUCAUCACCAUCGGUAACGAGCGCUUCCGUUGCCCCGAGGCCCUCUUCCAGCCGUCGUUCCUGGGUAUGGAGGCUUGCGGCAUCCACGAGACCACUUACAACUCCAUCAUGAAGUGUGACGUGGAUAUCCGUAAGGAUCUGUACGCCAACACCGUACUGUCGGGUGGCACCACCAUGUACCCGGGCAUCGCCGACAGGAUGCAGAAGGAAAUCACCGCUCUUGCGCCCUCGACCAUGAAGAUCAAGAUUAUCGCGCCGCCCGAAAGGAAAUAUUCCGUCUGGAUCGGUGGCUCCAUCCUCGCCUCGCUGUCCACCUUCCAGCAGAUGUGGAUCUCUAAGCAGGAGUACGAUGAGUCAGGCCCAUCAAUCGUCCACAGGAAGUGCUUCUAAGCGCCAAAGACAACACACACAUACACACACGACUACCCCUCGAGUCUCCCGCGAGCGCGCACGCUUAAGGAUAACGAUAACGAUAACGAUAACGAUGACCGUGCUCACCUUCGCUUGUCACGCCCAUUGCGCGCCGCGCGCGCGAGAUCUCAAACCAAAUUUUCAAGCGGCAACGAGCCGCGGGGCUCUUUCCUCCGCGUGUGUGUGCCUUUGAGGUGCUCCCUACUCCAUCCUUUAUUCCUCGAUAACUCAAGCUUUUUUACCAAUCUCGAUCUUCGGCUGCUGCUGCUGCCGCCGCGCGAACAGGCGCACAUGCACGGACCAAGAGCCCCGAAGCUCUCAUUAGCUAGGAUUCUCGCGUUCGAGUUGUGUUUCGAGAGAAAGGUACGUGUACUACCCAUGCAUUGUAAUCCGUUUGUUGGUUUCCUUCAUCAAAUUAUUAUUAUAAUUUUUUUAACAACGGUUUUAUACAUUCCCUUUUAUUCUUUCACUCACGUACACACACGACUUUAAGACUACUUUAGACUUAUGGGAUUAUCAAAAUAAAAAUCUGAAAAACAAGCAUUGUAUUCUUGCUUCUCGUGCUUAUCGAAUGCUAUGAAAUACUCUACAUUCACAAAACUUAUGCUUCCCUUUGAUUCCUUGAUCUUUUUUUCAAUCUAUCUCUGUAUCACCGUAAUGUUCAAUUGAAAUCCAAGAUCUAUGACGUGAUCAUUUUAAGUAUUGAAUUUAAUUUUUUGUAAUCUAUAAUAUUCAUUGUCUCAUAUUUCGAGGCACAAGCUUAAUAUGGCAUUAAAACUAUACAUCUCCCAUUUUGUCAUUCAUCUUUGUAAUUUAUAAGACUCGAUUUUGAACGUACUAUAGUUUUUAUCAUUAAGGAUAAUAUAUAUCCAUUAGGUUUAUACUUUCAAUUCAAUAAAAGUUAUUUUCAAUUAAA